CAUUCAGGAGAGCCCUCUUCCUGACCGAGAAAGGACGACGGCGAUUGGCAGGUCCUUCCAGCGGGAGCGCGCAGAUUGGGCAAACCCUGGAGCCAGGGGGCGGGGCUGAUAUCCCAGAAGCUGAUAUCCCAGGCGGCGGCGGCUGCGGAGCCGGUGUGAGGCGGUGGAUCUAUGCUGCGGGCCGCAGCCGGGCGUGGCGAGAUGGAGGUGACGGGGAUGACGGCCCCUACAGUGACCGUUUUCAUCAGCAGUUCCCUCAAUAGUUUUCGCUCUGAAAAGCGAUACAGUCGCAGCCUCACGAUCGCUGAGUUCAAGUGUAAACUGGAGUUGGUGGUGGGCAGCCCUGCUUCCUGCAUGGAACUGGAACUGUAUGGUGCUGAUGACAAGUUCUACGGCAAGUUGGAUCAGGAGGAUGCACUGCUGGGCUCCUACCCCGUAGAUGAUGGCUGCCGCGUCCAUGUCAUUGACCACAGCGGCGCCCGCCUCGGGGAGUAUGAGGAUGUGUCCAAGGUGGAGAGAUACCAGAUAUCACAAGAAGCCUAUGACCAGAGGCAAGACACCGUUCGCUCCUUCAUGAAGCGCAGCAAACUCGGCCGGUACAAUGAAGAGGAGCGGGCACAGCAAGAGGCCGAGGCUGCCCAGCGCCUCGUUGAGGAGAAGGCCCUAGCCGGUACCAUCUCUGUGGGCAGCCGCUGCGAAGUGCGGGCCCCCGGGCAGUCCCCUCGCCGGGGCACCGUCAUGUAUGUAGGACUCACAGAUUUCAAGCCUGGCUAUUGGAUUGGCAUCCGCUAUGAUGAACCAUUAGGGAAAAACGAUGGCAGUGUGAAUGGGAAACGCUACUUUGAAUGCCAAGCCAAGUACGGCGCCUUUGUCAAGCCAUCACUUGUGACAGUGGGAGAUUUCCCAGAGGAAGACUAUGGCCUGGACGAGAUGUGACACCCAAGAAAG